UGAAGUCAGGGAGCCUGAUUCCUCCAGCUCCGUUUUUUUCCCUCAAGACUGCUUUGGCUAUUCGGGGUCUUUUGUGUCUCCAUACAAAUUUUAAGAUUUUUUGUUCUAGCUCUGUAAAAAAUGCCAUUGGUAAUUUGAUAGGGAUUGCAUUGAAUCUGUAGAUUGCUUUGGGUAGUGUAGUCAUUUUCACAAUAUUGAUUCUUCCAAUCCAAGAACAUGGUAUAUCUCUCCAUCUGUUUGUAUCAUCUUUAAUUUCUUUCAUCAGUGUCUUAUAGUUUUCUGCAUACAGGUCUUUUGUCCCUAGGUAGGUUUAUUCCUAGGUAGUUUCUUCUUUUUGUUGCAAUGGUAAAUGGGAGUGUUUCUUUAAUUUCUCUUUCAGAUGUUUCAUCAUUAGUGUACAGGAAUGCAAGAGAUUUCUGUCCAUUAAUUUUGUAUCCUGCAACUUUACCAGUUUUAUUCAUUAGCUGUAGUAGUUUUCUGGUGGCAUCUUUAGGAUUCUCUCUGUAUAGUAUCAUGUCAUCUGCAAACAGUGACAGUUUUACUUCUUCUUCUCCAAUUUGUAUUCCUUUUAUUUCUUUUUCUUCUCUGAUUGCUGUGGCUAGGACUUCCAAAACUAUGUUGAAUAAUAGUGGUGAGAGUGGGCAACCUUGUCUUGUUGCUGAUCUUAGAGGAAAUGCUUUCAGUUUUUCACCAUUGAGAAUGGUGUUUGCUGUGGGCUUGUCGUAUAUACCCUUUAUUAUGUUGAGGUAGGUUCCCUCUAUGCCCACUUUCUGGAGAGUUUUUAUCAUAAAUGGUGUUGAAUUUUGUCAAAAGCUUUUUCUGCAUCUAUUGAGAUGAUCAUAUGGUUUUUAUUCUUCAGUUUGUUAAUAUGGUGUUUUACAUUGAUUGAUUUGCGUAUAUUGAAGAAUCCUUGCAUCCCUGGGAUAAAUCCCACUUGAUCAUGGUGUAUGAUCCUUUUAAUAUGUUGUUGGAUUCUGUUUGCUAGUAUUUUGUUGAGGAUUUUUGCAUCUAUAUUUAUCAGUGAUAUUAAUCUGUUGUUUUCUUUUUUAUAGUAUCUUUGUCUGAUUUUGGUAUCAGGGUGAUGGUGGCCUCAUAGAAUGACUUUGGGAAUUUUCCUUCCUCUGCAAUUUUUUGAAAGAAUUUGAGAAGGAUGGGUAUUAGCUCUUCUGUAAAUGUUUGAUAGAAUUCACCUGUGAAGCCAUCUGGUUCUGGACUUUUGUUUGUUGGAAGAUUUUUAAUCACAGUUUCAAUUUCAGUGCUUGUGAUUGGUCUGUUCAUAUUUUCUAUUUCUUCCUGGUUCAGUCUUGGAAGGUUAUACCUUUCUGAGAAUUUGUCCAUUUCUUCCAGGUUGUCCAUUUUAUUGGCAUAGAGUUGCUUGUAGUAGUCUCUUAGGAUGCUUUGUAUUUCUGCGGUGUCUUUUGUAACUUCUCCUUUUUCAUUUCUAAUUUUAUUGAUUUGAGUCCUCUCCCUCUUUUUCUUGAUGAGUCUGGCUAAUGGUUUAUCAAUUUUGUUUAUCUUCUCAAAGAACCAGCUUUUAGUUUUAUUGAUCUUUGCUAUUGUUUUCUUUGUCUCUAUUUCAUUUAUUUCUGCUCUGAUCUUUAUGAUUUCCUUCCUUCUACUAACUUUGGGUUUUGUUUGUUCUUCUUUCUCUAGUUCGUUUAGGCGUAAGGUUAGAUUGUUUAUUUGAGAUAUUUGUUGUUUUUUGAGGUAGGAUAGUAUUGCUAUAAACUUCCCUCUUAGAACUGCUUUUGCUGCAUCCCAUAGGUUUUGGAUUUUCGUGUUUUCAUUGUCAUUUGUCUCUAGGUAUUUUUUGAUUUCCUCUUUGGUUUCUUCAGUGAUCUCUUGGUUAUUUAGUAACGUAUUGCUUAGCCUCUAUGUGUUUCUGUUUUUUACGUUUUUUUCCCUGUAAUUGAUAUCUAGUCUCAUAGCAUUGUGGUCAGAAAAGAUGCUUGAUAUGAUUUCAAUUUUCUUAAAUUUACUGAGGCUUGAUUUGUGACCCAAGAUGUGAUCUAUCCUGGAGAAUGUUCCAUGCACACUUGAGAAGAAAGUGUAAUCUGCUGCUUUUGGAUGGAAUGUCCUAUAAAUAUCAAUUAAAUCUGUCUGGUCUAUUGUGUCAUUUAAAGCUUGUGUUUCCUUAUUAAUUUUCCAUCUGGAUAAUCUGUCCAUUGGUAUAAGUGAGGUGUUAAAGUCCCCCACUAUUAUUGUGUUACUAUUGAUUUCCUCUUUUAGAGCUGUUAGCAGCUGCCUUAUGUAUUGAGGUGCUCCUAUGUUGGGUGCAUAUAUAUUCAUAAUUGUUAUAUCUUCUUCUUGGAUUGAUCCCUUGAUCAUUAUGUAGUGUCCUUCCUGUCUCUUGUAACAUUCUUUAUUUUAAAAUCUAUUUUAUCUGAUAUGAGUAUUGCUACUCCAGCUUUCUUUUGAUUUCCAUUUGCAUGGAAUAUCUUUUCCCAUCCCCUCACUUUCAGUCUGUAUGUGUCCCUAGAUCUGAAGUGGGUCUCUUGUAGACCGCAUAUAUAUGGGUCUUGUUUUUGUAUGCAUUCAGCAAGCCUGUGUCUUUUGGGUAGAGCAUUUAAUCCAUUCACGUUUAAGAUAAUUAUCAAUAUAUAUGUUCCUAUUACCAUUUUCUUAAUUGUUUUGGGUUUGUUUUUGUAGGUCUUUUUCUUCUCUUGUGUUUCCCACUUAGAGAAGUUCCUUUAGCAUUUGUUGUAGAGCUGGUUUGGUGGUGCUGAAUUCUCUUAGCUUUUGCUUGUCUGUAAAGUUUUUGAUUUCUCCAUCGAAUCUGAAUAAGAUCCUUGCUGAGCAGAAUAAUCUUGGUUUUAGGUUCUUCCCUUUCAUCACUUUAAAUAUGUCGUGCCACUCCCUUCUGGCUUGCAGAGUUUCUGCUGAGAAAUCAUCUGUUAACCUUAUGGGAGUUUCCUGGUAUGUUAUUUGUCAUUUUUCCCUUGCUGCUUUCAGUGAUUUUUCCUUCUCUUUAAUUUUUGCCAAUUUGAUUACUAUGUGUCUCAGCAUGUUUCUCCUUGGGUUUGUCCUGUAUGGGACUGUCUGCACUUCCUGGACGUGGGUGGAUAUUUCCUUUCCCAUGUUAAGGAAGUUUUUGACUGUAAUCUCUUCAAAUAUUUUCUAGGGUCCUUUAUCUCUCUCUUCUCCUUCUGGGACCCCUAUAAUGUGAAUGUUGUUACGUUUAAUGUUGUCCCAGAGGUCUCUUAGGCUGUCUUCAUUUCUUUUCAUUCUUUUUUCUUUAUUGUGUUCCAUGGCAGUGAAUUCCACCAUUCUGUCUUCCAGGUCACUUAUCCGUUCUUCUGCCUCAGUUAUUCUGCUAUUGAUUCCUUCUAGUGUAUUUUUCAUUUCAGUUAUUGUAUUGUUCAUCUCUGUUUGUUUGUUCUUUAAUUCUUCUAGGUCUUUGUUAAACAUUUCUUGCAUAUUUUCGAUCUUUGCCUCCAUUCUUUUUCCGAGGUCCUGGAUCAUCUCCACUAUCAUUAUUCUGAAUUCUUUUUCUGGAAGGUUGCCUAUCUCCAAUUCAUUUAGUUGUUUUUCUGGGGUUUUAUCUUGUUCCUUCAUCUGGUACGUAGCCCGCUGCCUUUUCAUCUUGUCUAUCUUUCUGUGAUGUGGUUUUUGUUCCACAGGCUGCAGGACUGUAAUUCUUCUUGCUUAUGCUGUCUGCCCUCUGGUGGAUGAAGCUAUACAAGAGGCUUGUGCAAGUUUCUUGAUGGGAGGGACUGGUGGUGGGUAGAGCUGGCUGUUGCUCUGGUGGGCAGAGCUGAGUAAAACUUUACUCCAUUUGUCUCCUGAUGGGUGGAGCUGGGUUCCUUCUCUGUUGGUUGUUUGGCCUGAGGUGACCCAACACUGGAGCCUACCUGGGCUCUUUGCUGGGGCUAAUGGCGGACUCUGGGAGGGCUCACGCCAAGGAGUACUUCCCAGAACUUCUGCUGCCAGUGUCCUUGUCCCCACAGUGAGACACAGCCACACCCCACCUCUGCAGGAGACCCUCCAACACCAGCAGGUACGAGGAAGAGUUUAUUUCAGGUGUUGGGAUGGACAUCCUGUUGGAGUGCAAGGGAAGAGCAGCGAGACCCCAGGUCUAGCCCAGCUCAUGUGCAAAUUCCAGUACCAGCCCUGUCAUAGACUGAGCCCCAUCCUUGUGCGUAACCUAAGCCCUGAUCCUAGACACAGGCUGAGCCCUGAUCUCUAGCUCUUGAUUGAGCUUUCUCUGCAAAAUUGUUCUUGAUCAGCAGGGGCUUGAAUGAGGAGAGUGAGCAUGUGCUCAUCUCCCACCACUGGAGCCUGAACCCAGAGCCCUUGCCCGGUGGUGUGCAGUGGUCUUCAGGCAUGUUUCUGUCCCUCAUCCCUCUCCUGUCCCUGGGAGCUCCUGCUUUGACCAUCGCUGUUAAGCCGGCCUCAGAGCUGAGAGAAUCUUCAGCCCUGCCCGCAGCUUUGGCCCCAGCCUCGCCUAGACUGGCCUGGCCUGGCCAGGAGGGGCGCUGAAGGGGCCGGGAGAUGAGGAUCCAGUGUCCUAGGGUGUGAGUGGCCUUUGCUCUUGGACUGGAGCCAUCAGAAAUCAAAUCUUCCUGGCCCUGAGGGUGCCUGGGAAGGGGGCGGACCUGCCAGCCUGGCCAGAGGUUGGGGUUUCUGCAAUCACUCCCUCCUUUGUGGAACACUGACACCUCCGGAGACAGAGGCUUCCUGGCAUCACCAGGUAAGACCUGGGCAUCCUGGGAGCACAGGCAAGGGAGAUGGAAUGGGGGUGCCAGAGUGGGUUGGCUGGCCUGGGAGAUGGGGUCACAGGCCAGAGUCGGGGCGGGGGGGCCGCUUAUGGAAGGGCAGGUGGGAGAAUGCGGGUAAUGGAACUAGGACUGGAGGUAUAAGUUGUCAAAGACCAAAGCCUGCCCUGAGGAGGGCAUCCACCCCACAACCUGGCCAGGCCUGGACUCUUAACCUCUUCACCCCGAAGGGGCUGGGGUGCAGACGGCAGCCUCUGGGUGUGCAGACACAGGAGUGCAGGUUUACAAAGCAGUUGAGCUGUGAUUGAGCAGAGGGAAAGGGCUGGGCUGAGGGGUUUGCCUGAUCCUGGGAUGAUAUAUGUGUUAGGGCUGGGUCGGACCAUGGAGGAUUUUUCCCUUAGAGGAAAGAGUGCCUCCAGGUAGGAGUUGCUGGGUGGUGGCAAGAGGCAGGUGAGGAGGGCGGGAGUUUCCAGCCUGAUUUCCUGCUGUGAAGGGUUCUAGGGAUUAUCUCCCCUUAAGGGGUUUCUGCGGUCUGCCUGUCAUGAGUGACCUGGGACAGACAGGUCACUGACCCUCUCGGAGGUCACACACAGGCCAGGAGCCUGGUGGGAGAGGCUUUGAAAGAGCUGAAAACCCCCGGGGGUGGGGUUGGUGGGGGAGGGAUGCAGAGCGCGGUCUGAGCCCCAAGCCGAGCUGGCUCCCGUGAAGGCACCAGACCCCUGCCCUUCCUGCCCUCCGCAGCUCAACGCUUCUUAGGGCCGCCCUGGUCCUUCUCCUCCUGCGUCUGCAGGGGCAGGGGGAGGAAGGUGGGUGGCAAGCGGAAAGCAGGAAGGACUGCAGCAACGACCAGGAGGAGGCUCUGGUUGAGACUCCACACCGUUCCGGGUCUGCCCAGAAUGCCAGGUCUGCGGGGGUACCAGGGAAGGCCCCCUCAACCUAAAGUCCACCCAUCGCCACACCCAACAUCCCCAGUCCAGGUCUCUGGCCAGGAUUCCACAGGGGCCCAGUGGGGGCAGGCAAGAUGGGGACUGUUCUCUGAUCUGCCCUCCUCCAGACUCCCCUCCUAGCCUAAGGUGGUGGGAGCAGGGACCAAAGUGCCUCAGGAGCUGGGGCAGGGGAUGGGGCAUGGCUGUCAGUGUCACUGCCCUCCCCUAAGUCCCAUUCUACCUGGACACCAGCAGAGCUCCCACCACGGUUAGCACCUCUGCCAUCAUCACAGCUCUACCGUGACUGCCGCUGUCGCCACAGCCACCCCACCCCACCGUCAGCACCACUAACACCCCCACCCGCGCCCGGAUCAUCUGCACCACUGAGACCCUCACCACGUCCAUGAAGAGCACCCACCUCACGUUUGAAGACUGGACAGAACUUUUCAUUCUUCUUCAAUAAGUUUUCAGGCCUAUAACUUCUCGGGCUGUGGGGCUGGCACAUUCAACAGAGUCUGCAGCCCAAAGGGAGAAGGACUUUGCUGGAGGGUCAGGCAGCAGCGCCUGGCAGCUGAGCUGCAGGGCAGAAGUGUGGAAAGGGGCCGGGCAGACGCAGCUCAGGGAGUGGCUGUAGGCUUCAGCUAACCAGAGCUCACAGCUGGGCAACCUUCCUUUUCUGAAGGGGGAUCCGAGCGGAGUCUUCCCUCUGCCACCUUGCAUCUGGUCCUGGAGGCUGGGCAGCCUGAGCCGGAGCCAUCAGCAUGAACGGGCAGUGGCUUCCAGCCGCUGGGCUUCUCCUGGCUGCUGUCCCGGUGGUCUCGGCUUCCGCCCUGCCCCGUCUUCCUCCUCACAAAGACCUGGGUCCAUCUCCCUUGGCUUCUGGCACAUCUGCUUUGCAGGGGGACAGCAAGAAGAUAGUCCUCCCAUCAUUAAACGCCUUGGUGGAGUCUUUCCCGCAGCCAAGAGGCCAGGGGAGGCUCCUGGCAGGAAGGGAGGAGCCCUUUCUCCAGAGGCACCUGGGGACCAGCAGGCUCUUCUAGGCUCGCUCCUGGACUUGCCUCUCCACUCGGACCAGCCUGCCCCUUUGGGAACCACGGGGGUCUCAGGCAGGGCCACACCCAGACCAGCUCCAUCAGCAGUGGCUGAGCCUGCAGCCCACAGGGCCCCUGAGUCCCAGCCAGUGUCCUACGUGGCUGGACCUGGAGAGGAGAUCUUGGUCACCGGGUCUCCAGAGAUAGCUGCCACGUCACCAUCGCAGGCUUCUCCACAACCUCUGGCCUGGCCCGUGGGCAGGCACACCUUCAGCCCCAAUGCUUGGGUGCCUUCUGCAUCAGGGGCCAGCAACUUCAGCCCAGGGGCCGCCCCACUUCUGACAUUGGCUCCAAAGGCCCCAGAGAAGGCCGUGUCCUCAGCACCCCAGGGCCCACUUGCAUUUACAUCGAUCAGUAACACGUUGGCUGCCACAGAGCCUCUUCUCCCUGUAGCAACAGUGUGGUCAGGGCUGGACACGGCCUCCACAGCGCUCACAGCGGGCUCAGGCUCACCCAGAGGUGGUCUGGCAUCCAGUGUGGGCCCAGCACCCAGUGGUCCUUCAAUGUUGCCAUUGCCCUCAGCGGUACCCUCUUCACAGUCGUCAUCAGCAUCACUGCCACUGUCGUCCCCACCCUCAUCCCCGUCACCUGCACUAACAUCACCAUCACCAGUCCUGGCCCCAGUUUCCCCCUUCACCACCGGAGCCAGAACCUCUCCGGAGAUGCUUCUGCAUCUGAGCUCCCACCUACAACCUCAGGCCUUAUCUUCAGUGUUUCCAGCGUCCCACCUGCCCUGCCAUCUCUGGUGGUUACAGGGAUGGCUGCUCUUCAGUGGACAGUCCAGCCUGGGCCGGUGGUCCCUGCCAACCCAGCCCCCUUGACCACCCGCUCCCUCGGAUGUGUCUCUGGCCUUCCCACCGGCUGCCCCAGCGUCCCUGGAGGUGCCGCCUCCUCCCAGUUGUCUUUCCUGCCUCACCCUGGCCAGGCUGUCUCAUUGCAGGACUCAGGCUCCCCCUCCCCAGGACCCAGUCGAGUGACUCACUCUGUGACCUUCACGAUCACCAAUGAAGCCUUCUCAGCGGCACUCGGGAACCCUGCCUCCCUGGAGUACCAGCUGCUGAGUGAAAACAUCCGACAUCAGCUCCAGUCCGUCUGUCACGAGGCCUUCUCCAGCUUCGAGGGUGUCGGUGUCCUGCUCUUUAGCCCCAGGACGGCACAGCAGAAAACGGGUCCUCAGGGGAAGGAUGAAGGAAAUCUGGAUCCCGAGGCUGCUCGUUUUCAGAUCUCUCCCCACAAACCCCUUCAACCCCAUGCUCAGGCCAGGCUGCCUCCUCAGGACAUGGCCAGUUGGUCCACCUCCUACAGGCUUUCAGAGAUUCCUCAGGCCUGUCACCUCCCUCUCUCCAGAUCCCCUGCUCCUGUGAUGCCACCAAAGAUGUUUUUCUCAGUCUGGCUCAGGCCGGACUCUGCAGCUGUGAAUGCCUCCCUUGUGUUUGGGGGCCUCACCCCGGGCCCCUCUGCCCGUGAAGUCCUCUGGACUCUGUACCGCAAAGUGAAGGCCGCAGGGAAGUUGUUGGGGACCCUGUCCCUGGAUGAGAGCAGUCUCGCCUCUGAUGGGUCCGACCUGACCGACCUGGCCCUGGAGACCACCAGCAACCAUCUCAUGGCCAUGAGGCCCUUCCAGCCCCCGCUCCUCCUGCCUGGCUCUGCCCGCUUUGUCCUGCUGGAAAAGACGAUCCUCCGACAGGUCACACCCGUGCUGUCAGGAUUCUAUACAGCGCGUCCCCAGGAAGAGCCCCUGCUCCUCUUCAGUAAUGCGGACCAGUGGGCGGGCGUUUACAUCGAAUACAAGUUCCAGACCCCCAUCGGUACCCACCUCCCAGGCUUGGCCAAUCACCUGGCCCGGAACAUAAUGGAUCCUACUGUCCAGAAAUCCAGCAUCAUGGCCAAUGCUGACCACCGUCCUCAGGCCUCUGCAGAACUCCGGCCAAGUGGUGGUGAAGUUCCAGUAAGGCCGUGGUGGCUCUGGGUGGCCUGGGGCCCAGGGCUGAACUCUAGCGGUGGGGCCAGUGGCUCAGAGAAACGGCCUUCCUGAGACCCCCGGGCUGUCUAGCGUCCUGACACUGGUGAAGAUCUUCCCGCCAGGCCCGACCCACUGACUGCCAGGGUGGGUGCCACCUUCUUCAGGGCCGCGCCGGCCCGAGCCCUCGUGCAGGACUGCGUGCUCCGGGGUCUGCAUGACCUGCAGGAAGCUGAGGGCCUCUCCGUGGAGAUGGUCAGCCCAGACCUCGGUGCUGACGCGGAAGGCCUGCUUCGGAGUGUCCAGGUACAGAGGCGCCCCUUCCCGAUGCUGCUCCUGCCACUGAAACUGCACCCCAAACCUCUCCUCCUCCCGGCCCCGCCCCCAGCCUAACACAGUCAGCGCCUCAACCCUGACAACGAGAGCCAGAGCAGCAAGGCACCACCUGAGGUCACACAGCAAAGGGGGCUUCUUCCCUCCUAGCUCAUCCAAGGACUAAACGCCCAGGGCCACGACAGAGGCAGGGUGCGGGGGACAGCACCUCACCACCCCACACCAGGGACACCAGGCAUGCUCUAACCACGGCGGCACCCACCUCCCCCCGGAAGGUCUGGAAAACUACUCGAUACCAUCGUCAUACUCAGGUCAGGCUCUGGGGAGCGGAACAGGGCAAGAUGAAGGCCUGCAGAAGAUGCGGGCAGGGGAAGAGAGCUGGCGCCCUCACACCUGACCUGACACGGUGGUGGGGCUGGAGGUAUCAUUGGUCUCAAGCCAAACCGGUCUUUUUGGGGUACGGGAAAUUAAAUGACGCAGCGCAAUCAGAAGCUGGUACAAAAGACUGCUUUUGUUUCUAGGCAGUCAUCCAACAGGAGAGGUUCAGAGCAGAGCCCACAGGAGGAGGAGGUGGGGGCAGAAGACUGACAGGGUCAAGGGUGGGAAUGGGGACUCUUGGGGGCAAGGCCUGGUCCCAGCCCCACCUCCGCCUUAGGCCCGGCCACCCUCAGACCAAAGGCCUUGGGGUGCUGGUGGCCGAGGUGAGGCCCGGCUGUGUGCCAGGGAAGGUUGGCGCCGCGGGGCAAGCCGGGCUCAGAGAACAGACCGCCUGGCUGGGGAAGGUCUAGGACGGAAGCUAAGCUGACCACCUCUCAGGGGCGGAGGGUGGGGCUUUGGAGGGGGAGGCAGCUUUCCUGGACCACAGCCAGGGAGGGGAAGGCCUUGGCCCACAAACCUCCAGCGACUGCUGGGCCCGCUGGGACGUGAGCGAUGUGGUGGCACAGGGUGAUGGCCUUUGAAACCUUUGAACCCAUGACUUAGAAGGGAAGGGGACUCAAGUGUAGUCUUACCCCAAAGGCUCCCUCGACCUACAGAAGAGCCGGCAGGCCCGGUGAGGGGACCCAGGAGCCCAGGGCCCAGAUAGCAGCGAGCACCAAGAUGCCAGAGAGGGUCAGCAGGAAGGUCACCACGUAGAGGUUGGCUGCAGCUGGUGGCCGAGUCCUCUGCACUUCUGGAAUACGCUUUGGUCGCCUGGCCCUCCACAAGCCAGGCUGUCGAGCAUCACGUGAGGCCUCGCGUGAAGAUACAGUUCAGACACACCUGGUGACCUCUGUGGGUUUGAAGGAGAAGGUACAGGGAAGGAAACCCACACGUGGGGACCUAGCAUGGUCUCUCUGGAGGUGAAGUGACAGUAUACCUGCAACACAUAAGGAGAAAGGGUCUACCUGGCAAGGUGAGCCAGCCAUGCGGACACCAGGCUGGACAGACAUCACCAGGGUCUACAGGAUGGCGGAGGGGCCUGGCAAACCAGCACCCUCACGCAGACGAGUCUUUCCUAAGCAGGUCUUCCCCAUGGGCCAGAUGGGGCCUGCAGGACACUUCCCACGGCCCACCGUUACGCGGACUUUAAUUCUCAGCAGCUCUGGAACUGCGCAGUCCCAUUCUCCAGCUGAAUAAACAGAGGCUCAGAGAUGAACACGCAGUGCUACCUUGAUCCCUCCGCCUGCUGCCUCCUCCAGAACUCAGUUCAUUCUAAAAACCUAACACUCAUCAAGCACCUGUGACUAGGUGCUAUUCUCCCCAUCUCGCAGCCGAGGAGAGGGAAGCAGAGGAGUUAAGUGACUUGCCCAAGGUCACAGUCACAGGGCUCCAGAGCCUGCAUUCUUGACGACCACAUGCCCACAGCAGGGCGGUGCUAGCAUCUGCACCUGAAAGGUGGGAACUCUGCUGCCUUCUUGGACAGGGCGUGCAGCCCCAGGUUUUGGGAGGUGGCAGUGCAGGAAACAAGCCGGCCCAUUGGGCCAGUGGUUCUCCAGGGUCUGAGGGGCAGGGAGAGUGCUGUGAGCCACUCCCCCACCCACCCCAGCGACACUCACUGGGAACCUUGAAUCAGCACCUGCCAGAGGGUGGGGAAGAGGCUCAGCCCCCGCUGCACCUGGAGUGGGAGGUGGGCAGGGAUGGGCACUCUGCCUCCAAGCAGCCUCAGGCGGAUGAGAGAGGACCAGAUCUCUUGCCUCACCCUUUCCCCCCACCCCAAGGUGCCCUGCAGGGGAGAAGGGGCAGCUGCCCACCAGGCCAUUGCUCAGAUGGAGAAGAGCCUAUGGGAACCAUGGGGGCUGUAUUCUAGAAGGAGAGCAUGACCUCCUGGUUACUCCAAGGCCAGGCCCAGGCCUACCAAGGUGGCCACGUCUCCAAGGAGGGCCUGGUAGAUAAGAGACGCAAUGUCCCUGAGUGGUUCUAUAAACUUCCUGUUAAGGACAGAUGAGGAAAUGGGCAAGACAGUCAUGUUCAGUGAGAGCCUGGCAGGUAAAGGAGGGGCCAGAAGCAGACAGAGGUCAGCUGGGCCCAGGCCUGGACCCUGGAGGGACAGCAGGCUGGGGGAGGGGUGUCACUCACCAGCCACAGCGAGGGAGCUCAGGUCCAUGAGCAGCUGGGCAAGGCCAUCAGCACCUGGGGACCGUCUGCCGGACCCGGCUCUGUACUCGGGCUUCUGCCUGGAACCACAGGUGCCUGACACUGGCCUGAGGUAGGGAGGGUGGCAGGAGAGGCACCUGUGGCCAAAUGCAGGCACCUCAGCACGGGGGCGGGGGGAUGACAUGCCCAAAAGAGACUACCGGGGUCACGAGCUUAAGCGAGUGUCAUCCUGGGACAUCUUGUCCACGUAAGUCAGAACUUAUCCCCACCCUCAGCUCACAGUCUGGUUGGGGCUUGACAAACAGAUGUCAGUGCUGUGGAGAGGGGGCCUAGCCAGCGUGGGACAUCCAGCAAAGAUGUGUUUUGAAUCUGCCAAGAAGAUCCAUCCACAACAGGACCCUCAGGUCCAAGUCCAGGGCCCAAGAGCUAGGGGCUAGGUGUUCACCAAGGGGCUGGAAGGUGGCAAGGCGAUGGCCCAAGGCUCCAGCAGGAAACUGCAGCGGCCAGAGCCUGUCUUGGUGGGGCAGCCCUGGGGAUGACUGUGCCCGGCAUCCCCCAGGGCCGGGAUAGGGGACUGCCCAGGGGAGGGGUCUGAGGACCUCUAGGGAGACAGACUCAAGGUGUCCUGGGCACCUGGAUCAGGAAGCAUGUGAGGGCACCCUGCCCAAGGCCAGCUAAGAACCUGGGAAAUGCCUUUCUAGUCUAAGCCACUCAUGCUGCAGCCCAGAUGCCAUCUCUCCUCAAAUAGGAGAUGAGUUGGCAGGGAAGGCACCCUAUUCCCUCCCUCCCCCCAACCAGAUGUGAAGGGAGGUGAAAGGCUGUUGCAGGACCCAGCCCGCCUGGGUUCUCUAGCACCUGGAGUGGGUGGGGAGAGAAAGUGCAGCUGAGUGAGAAAAGCCAAGGUCCCACCGCCCCCUCUCUGCAGGGUGACCUUGGACAAGCUGCUUGCUGUCUCUGGGGUCCGGAGACUCACAGGGGAAGGGCCAGGUUUGGAGGUCCCGAUCCUGGAGCCCAGAGCUACCCCUAGAGAGGACAGCCUACGGAGCCCUGUCCUCCCGAUUCUGCCCCCGCCCCUGGGAACAGCAUCCUCCCAGCUCAGAGGCCCUGGAGGUGGAGGGGCUGCACCUGCUUUCAGAUUGCUCCAUAGUGUGAGUUGGCCUUCGUCCUGAGCAGGGUGCUGAUCCCACGGUCACCCAGGUGAUGGGCAGCUUCUCAGGCUACAGGUGCUCCGAGGUAUACCCUGCAGGGCACAACACCGGGAGGGUGUAGGUACAUUGAACAGGGCCCCCAGGCCACUCUGGGCCAAGACCUGAGCUCUGUUUGUCCAUGGAGACUCUGACCUGUGGCAACCCCUGCUGGGCCUCAGUUUUCCCCGCUAUCUCAUGAGGAUGACAGUAUUGCCUUGGAAGGCAAACAAGGGCAACCUUAGCUCCCAGCAGGCCCAAGACCAAAGGAAGCAGGGUUCUGGGUUGUUCUAGAAGGUGAGGCUGGGGCAGAUGAGGGCCUUGCUCCAAGGGAAUCACAGCCAUCUGGGUCCUAGUCUAGACCCUCAUAGGCCAUCCCAUAAAACCCAACCCUAAUAUGAACCCCUACGGAAAGCGUUAAAGUGUGGGGUCAGGAGGGUGGGGGAUGACCCUCCAGGAGAAGGUUCUUAGGCCUAGGGGAAGGUUUGAGCUGGCCCACAGAGCAGUCAGAAGGGUAGGUGACAGGCAUCCUCACAAGAUCAGCCAGGGAACCCAGGAGGGACAAAGGUGUGGUGGUGGGCAUGUUCCAGAAGAGAGCGGGCAUCCCCCCACUCACCGCUGGGGCUGAGUGAGGCCAGGCCCGUGCACCAGGGGCAGCAGGUACCCUUGCGCUGGCGCGCCUUGGCUACCACGGUGCUCGGGAAGUCUGCGUUGGCGAGCAGAAUCUGCCUCCAGCCUCCAGCUGGCUCUGCACCCAUACCGACCUCUGGCUGCAGGGAGCCGGUGCAGUGAGGACUCAGCUGGCACGCUAGCCACCACCGGAGGCCGGGGCCCCUCCCCAGCCUGGAAGGGGCCUGAGAGGCGGGCAGGGCCCCUAGGCUUAGCAGCCCACGCAACACCAUGGAGCCGAGAAGACUUACUAGAAACAGACUGGAUUUUAGGAAGCAGGCAUGGAGGACAGCAAGCACCUGAACCGAGGAGAGGGAAGCCUCUAAGCGUGGACUCCAUCGGGCAUGACCACCCGGGAAGGGCUGGGCUCCACUCCACCAUUAAGAGCUGGGGCCGUGGGGGAACCGUCCACCUCGCUGCCUCAGUUGGCCCCCUUUGCUGAGGAAAGGAGGGAUAACUGCCUCUCACGUGGAACCUAGGACAAAACAAAGCGUCAGUCCCACAUGGGUACAUUCUAGGGAGGGAGAGGCCAGGGGCAGCAUUGUGUGUGCUUGGGGCAGGGUAGGAGAUACGGAGAAAACUGCCUUCUUUGAGGGCCUAGGAGAAAGGAAGAUAAGCAGAGAGGAACUCCCAGACAUUCUGCCUCAGGCCCUUUUCCAGCCACCCUCUAAGCAGCUCCGCCGUAACUUGGGUGGCACUAUUCUUACCGUCAGUAUGGUUUCCAGGCUGAGCCGGGGGUGAGGGAGAAGCAGUGCAUAGGUGACGUGCGUGAGAUAGAAGUGGAGAGGAGCAUGGUUGCCUUGGAGGCCUGGCCUGGGGCUUCCGCCACGGUACCUGCCUUGCCCGUGCUGGAGCAACCUGCCAGCUGUGGCUUCCCACUCAAAGGUACCCAAGUGCCAGGACCGGAGCCAGACUCCCCUCAGGGGCAAGAGACAGAGUGGGAUGGGACACAGGCCACCCAGCCAUUAUUGGGGUUUAGGGCCUGCUUGCCAGCUGGAAAGACAGAGGGACUCUGCUUGAGGGAAGGACUGGGCCUGGGCCACUCAGACCUACCUCUGCGACAGGGGCAGUCCCAUCCUCCGGUUAGACUCAUAAGCUGACCAGAGGGGACCUGUAGUCCCCCCAAAGUCCCUACCCCCUCCCGCCCAAGUGUUCACCAUAAAAAGGGGUGCAGAAACACCAGGCACUCCUCCCAGCUGGCUGUGGCUUCCUGGGUCAGGACCCCUGAGUGAGUCGAGUUGGGGGUCCCAGCAGCCAAGGUGGGAGGAGAGCCGGGUCCCCCCGAUGGAUACUAGAUGGGAACACAGCAGAAGCUGUGAGAGCUGGUUCCUCAGGACUGAGCACCUCUGCCCAGAUGUCCUCAGAGACACUCCCGCUGCCCAGUUCAGCCCAGAGAGCCAGGGCCCGGUGCCACAUAGGCUCUCUGCUUGAGAGGAACGUCCCGGGAGUCAUUACAUCUCUCUGCCCAGAGGCUCAGGUAUCCAGGCUCUGGGUGGGCCAGCAGGCAAAAAGAAGGGGGCUGUGGGUCCCCCAGCAGUCAGAGGCCUUGGUGGCCACAGAGCCAAUGGGUAAGGGAGAAGGGGGACUGGGCUCUGCCCCACUGAAGUCGGUGGCACCAGGCUCCCGAAGGGUCCCUGGGAGGAAGACCAGCGUGAGAGGAAGUAUUGCAGAAACCUUAGGCACCUCCUCUGCAGGGUGGGCCCGGCUGGAGGGCCCAUAUCAGGGAGGUGGGCCUUGGGGCUACAAGAGAAAGGAGCGGCUGGUGCCGCAUGGAAGGCAAGCCUGGUGUACAGAACGUGGCAUCAGCUGAGCAGGGUGAGGUCUCCCUGAGACAGGCUUGCACCUGGACACAAGCCUCCUCCAGCAAGAAAAUACAAAGGAAGUAUCAAUAUAAGGGACUAAAGAUAACUGCGUGCAUGCGCAGUUGGGGCAAAUUCUGGACAACGCGAUACAAAGAGACCAAGGUGUGGGCACACCACCUGAGCCACCCCUCCGCCCGACCCCUGGACACACCCCCACAUAAGGAACUGGCUCACCCCACCUCAGCUGGCGAGCAAGCAAUGGAACCUGUUACUUGUCACUUGUUCUCGCUCCCCGCUGCUACAACAGGGGCCCGAAUAAAGCCUUGCCUGAAUUUC